CACACACACACCCUGAGGUUUUUGCUCACCCCACACUCGCACUGACACACACACACACGCAUACUCAUACACGCACACACUCGGCUGUACAAUGGCAGAAUCCCACCUGCAAUCCUCCCAGAUCACAGCCUCACAGUUUUUCGAGAUCUGGCUUCAUUUCGACGCAGACGGAAGUGGCUACCUGGAAGGAAAGGAGCUGCAGAACUUGAUUCAGGAACUCCAGCAAGCACGGAAGAAAGCUGGAUUGGAGUUAUCACCAGAGAUGAAAACCUUCGUGGAUCAGUAUGGGCAGAGAGAUGAUGGAAAAAUAGGAAUUGUAGAGUUGGCUCAUAUAUUACCCACAGAAGAGAACUUCCUGCUGCUCUUCCGAUGCCAGCAGCUUAAGUCCUGUGAGGAAUUCAUGAAGACAUGGAGAAAAUAUGAUACUGAUCACAGUGGCUUCAUAGAAACUGAGGAACUUAAGAACUUUCUAAAGGACCUGCUGGAAAAAGCAAACAAGACUGUCGAUGAUACAAAACUAGCUGAAUAUACAGACCUAAUGCUGAAAUUAUUUGAUUCAAAUAAUGAUGGGAAGCUGGAAUUAACUGAGAUGGCCAGGUUACUACCUGUACAGGAGAAUUUUCUUCUUAAAUUUCAGGGAGUCAAAAUGUGUGGGAAAGAGUUCAAUAAAGCUUUUGAGUUAUAUGAUCAGGAUGGCAAUGGAUACAUAGAUGAAAACGAAUUGGAUGCUUUACUGAAAGAUCUGUGUGAGAAGAAUAAACAGGAUCUGGAUAUUAAUAAUAUUCCAACAUACAAGAAAAGCAUAAUGGCUUUAUCAGAUGGGGGGAAGCUGUACCGAACGGAUCUUGCUCUCAUUCUCUCUGCUGGAGACAACUAGAGUUGGUGACCAUGACCAUUUACUAGCGAUACAUUGUAUCUAACAAUAACUGUGCACUAUAAGGGAGUAGGCUGUAUUUUCUUUUGUAUCUGUAAAUUUAACUGCAUUUAGAUGAUUACCCAGGAUGUGUGGCACAUUCUUUUCAGUUUGUUUCUACACUGUUUGUAAUGUACAGUUUUUGUAACUACAUGACUGAAAAAGGAGAAAGUCUCGGCUUAAGCCAGUCAAUAGACCCAACUGAAAAAAAAAAAAUAA